CCCUGCGCCUGCGCGGGUUGAGGCUCAAUCACACCGUGUGUCCCGGGCUUCGCCGGCAGAGUCUCCUCAGGACAUUGAACGAACCGAGCUGGGAGCCUGAGGCCCGGAGCCACCAAGAUGGCGCAGAUUUUGCCUAUCCGCUUCCAGGAGCACCUCCAGCUCCAGAAUGUUGGCAUCAAUCCUGCUAACAUUGGCUUCAGCACGUUGACCAUGGAGUCAGAUAAGUUUAUUUGUAUCAGGGAGAAGGUUGGGGAGCAAGCCCAGGUGGUUAUAAUAGAUAUGGCUGAUUCCAACAAUCCACUGAGACGCCCAAUUUCCGCUGAGAGUGCCAUCAUGAACCCUGCUUCUAAAGUCAUUGCUCUGAAAGCUGGGAAAACCCUUCAGAUCUUCAACAUUGAGAUGAAGAGCAAAAUGAAAGCUCACACCAUGUCAGAGGAGGUCAUUUUCUGGAAGUGGAUAUCUGUUAAUACUGUGGCCCUUGUGACAGAGACAGCAGUAUACCAUUGGAGCAUGGAGGGUGACUCCCAACCUCAAAAAAUGUUUGAUCGCCAUGCCAGUCUGGCCGGCUGCCAGGUCAUCAAUUACAGAACAGAUGAGCAGCAGAAAUGGCUUCUUCUGAUUGGUAUUUCUGCUCAGCAAAACCGUGUUGUGGGAGCAAUGCAGUUAUAUUCUGUGGACAGGAAGGUCUCCCAGCCUAUAGAAGGCCAUGCUGCAGCAUUUGCUGAAUUCAAGAUCGAAAGAAACUCAAAACCUUCAACUCUGUUCUGCUUUGCUGUGCGUGGGCAGGCUGGUGGCAAGCUGCAUAUCAUUGAGGUCGGACAGCCUGCGAAUGGGAACCAGCCUUUUACCAAGAAAGCCGUCGAUGUUUUCUUUCCUCCUGAAGCUCAGACUGACUUCCCGGUGGCAAUGCAGAUUGGUACUAAGCAUGGAGUUAUAUAUCUGAUCACAAAAUAUGGCUAUAUACACAUGUAUGAUCUGGAAUCCGGUGCCUGUAUCUAUAUGAACCGCAUCAGUGCUGAUACCAUCUUUGUCACUGCUCCUUAUGAGCCGACCUCUGGUAUUAUUGGUGUCAACAAGAAAGGGCAGGUGCUCUCAGUCUGUGUUGAGGAAGACAACAUUGUGAAUUAUGCCACCAAUGUGCUGCAAAAUCCAGACCUGGGUCUUCGCAUGGCCAUCCGUAGCAAUCUUGCCGGGGCUGAGGAGCUGUUUGCAAGGAAGUUCAACACAAUGUUCGCCCAAGGAAAUUACUCAGAGGCAGCAAAGGUGGCAGCAUCUGCUCCAAAGGGAAUCCUGCGCACAGCAGACACAAUCAGGAAGUUCCAGACUGUUCCUGCUCAGCCUGGGCAAGCAUCACCCCUGCUCCAGUAUUUUGGUAUACUAUUGGAUCAAGGGCAGCUAAACAAGCUGGAGUCACUAGAGCUUUGUAGGCCUGUUUUGCAGCAAGGGCGCAAGCAGCUCUUGGAAAAGUGGCUGAAGGAAGAUAAGCUGGAGUGUUCUGAGGAGCUUGGAGACCUGGUGAAGGCUGUUGAUCCGACUCUUGCUCUAAGUGUUUACCUACGUGCUAGUGUACCAAAUAAAGUGAUCCAGUGCUUUGCAGAGACGGGACAGUUCCAAAAAAUAGUGCUGUAUGCCAAAAAAGUUGGCUACACACCAGACUGGAUCUUCCUCCUUCGGAGUGUCAUGCGGAUAAGUCCAGAGCAGGGCCUCCAGUUCUCCCAGAUGCUAGUGCAAGAUGAGGAACCUUUAGCAAACAUCAACCAGAUUGUGGAUGUCUUUAUGGAGAACAGUCUGAUCCAGCAGUGCACAUCAUUCCUGCUUGAUGCAUUGAAGAAUAACAGACCGACUGAGGGUCAUUUGCAGACUCGCCUGCUUGAGAUGAACCUUAUCCAUGCUCCACAGGUUGCAGAUGCAAUUCUUGGAAACCAAAUGUUCACUCACUAUGACCGGGCCCACAUUGCCCAGCUGUGUGAGAAAGCGGGACUUCUGCAGAGGGCGCUCGAGCAUUACACUGAUCCGUAUGAUAUCAAGCGAGCAGUGGUGCACACACACCUUUUGAACCCCGAGUGGCUGGUAAAUUUCUUCGGUUCCCUAUCUGUGGAGGAUUCAGUGGAGUGCUUACGUGCCAUGUUAUCUGCAAACAUACGGCAGAAUCUUCAACUCUGUGUUCAGGUGGCAUCCAAAUACCAUGAGCAGCUGGGCACACAAUCCUUGGUUGAACUGUUUGAAUCUUUCAAGAGUUAUGAAGGGCUCUUUUACUUCCUCGGGUCCAUUGUCAAUUUCAGUCAAGACCCCGAUGUACACUUUAAGUAUAUUCAGGCAGCCUGCAAAACAGGGCAGAUAAAGGAGGUGGAACGGAUCUGCCGUGAAAGCAACUGCUACAAUCCGGAGCGGGUCAAGAAUUUUCUCAAGGAGGCCAAGCUUACAGAUCAGCUGCCAUUGAUUAUUGUCUGCGACCGUUUCGACUUUGUACAUGACCUGGUUCUGUAUCUUUACCGCAAUAACCUCCAGAAAUACAUUGAAAUUUAUGUGCAAAAGGUCAACCCCAGCCGUAUUCCUGCCGUGGUGGGAGGACUCCUCGAUGUUGACUGCUCGGAGGAUGUUAUUAAGAACCUGAUCAUGGUUGUACAUGGUCAGUUCUCCACAGAUGAGCUGGUUGCUGAAGUGGAGAAACGGAACAGGUUGAAGUUGCUCUUACCUUGGUUGGAAUCCAGAAUACAUGAGGGUUGUGAGGAGCCUGCUACACACAAUGCUUUGGCUAAAAUCUACAUUGAUAGCAACAAUAACCCUGAACGUUUCUUGCGGGAGAACCCAUUCUAUGAUAGCUGUGUGGUGGGCAAGUACUGCGAAAAAAGGGAUCCUCAUCUAGCUUGUGUGGCUUACGAAAGGGGGCAGUGUGAUUUGGAACUCAUUAAGGUGUGCAAUGAGAACUCCUUAUUCAAGAGUGAAGCCCGUUACCUGGUACGUAGGAAAGAUGCUGAACUCUGGGCCAGUGUGCUUGAGGAAAACAAUCCUUUUAGAAGACAACUGAUUGACCAGGUGGUGCAGACAGCCCUUUCAGAAACUCAGGACCCUGAAGAAGUGUCUGUGACUGUGAAAGCCUUCAUGACUGCGGACCUCCCUAAUGAGCUCAUAGAGCUCUUGGAGAAGAUUGUGCUGGACAACUCUGUAUUCAGUGAACACAGAAAUUUACAGAAUCUACUGAUUCUGACGGCCAUUAAAGCUGACCGCACACGAGUCAUGGAAUAUAUCAACCGCUUGGAUAACUACGAUGCCCCUGAUAUUGCCAACAUUGCUAUUAGCAACCAGCUCUUUGAAGAGGCUUUUGCCAUCUUUAGGAAGUUUGACGUAAACACGUCUGCCAUUCAGGUUCUAAUUGAACAUAUUGGGAAUUUGGAUCGUGCUUAUGAGUUUGCUGAGAGGUGCAAUGAGCCUGCUGUAUGGAGCCAGUUGGGUCGAGCCCAGCUGCAAAAGGACUUGGUGAAGGAAGCCAUAGACUCUUAUAUUAAAGCUGAUGACCCAUCCUCUUACAUGGAAGUGGUACAGGCAGCAAGUAAAAAUAAUAACUGGGAAGACCUGGUAAAAUUCUUACAGAUGGCAAGGAAGAAAGCCAGAGAAUCGUAUGUGGAAACUGAACUUAUUUUUGCCUUUGCCAAAACUAACCGCCUGUCUGAGUUGGAAGAAUUUGUCAGUGGCCCUAACAAUGCACACAUCCAGCAGGUGGGAGAUCGCUGUUAUGAAGAGAGCAUGUAUGAUGCAGCCAAAUUGCUAUACAAUAACGUAUCCAAUUUUGCACGCUUGGCAUCAACAUUGGUACAUCUUGGAGAGUAUCAGGCUGCUGUGGAUAGUGCACGAAAGGCUAAUAGCACACGCACCUGGAAAGAGGUGUGCUUUGCUUGCGUGGAUGGCACAGAGUUUCGCUUGGCUCAGAUUUGUGGCCUGCACAUUGUUAUACACGCAGAUGAGUUAGAGGAACUGAUCAGUUAUUAUCAGGAUCAAGGUUAUUUUGAGGAACUUAUUGCUCUGCUGGAAGCAGCUCUGGGGCUAGAACGUGCACACAUGGGAAUGUUCACAGAGCUCGCUAUUCUCUACUCUAAGUUCAAACCUCAAAAAAUGCGUGAGCACCUAGAACUCUUCUGGUCUCGAGUGAACAUUCCUAAGGUCCUGCGUGCAGCAGAGCAGGCCCACCUAUGGGGCGAACUUGUCUUCCUGUAUGAUAAAUAUGAGGAGUAUGAUAACGCUAUUAUUACUAUGAUGAGCCAUCCCACCAGCGCCUGGAAAGAAGGUCAAUUUAAGGACAUUGUCACAAAGGUGGCCAAUGUGGAACUUUAUUACAAAGCCAUGCAGUUUUACAUGGAGUUCAAACCUCUGUUAAUCAAUGACCUUCUUUUGGUCUUGUCACCACGUCUGGACCACACUAGAGCAGUUAACUACUUUUCCAAGGUCAACCAGCUACCUCUGGUUAAGCCGUACUUGCGCUCUGUACAAAACCACAACAACAAGUCUGUGAAUGAGGCUCUGAACAACCUGCUCACAGAGGAAGAGGAUUAUCAAGGCCUGCGAGCAUCUAUUGAUGCAUAUGAUAACUUUGAUAACAUCAGCCUAGCACAGCGUCUGGAGAAACAUGAGCUGAUUGAAUUCCGCAGGAUUGCUGCAUAUCUAUACAAGGGGAAUAACCGCUGGAAGCAAAGUGUGGAGCUUUGUAAGAAGGAUCGGUUAUAUAAGGAUGCAAUGCUAUAUGCUGCAGAAUCAAAAGAUAUGGAACUAGCAGAAAAACUUCUUCAAUGGUUCCUUGAGGAAGGGAAGCAGGAGUGCUUUGCUGCAACUCUUUUUACUUGCUAUGACUUACUGCAUCCAGAUACAGUGCUGGAGUUGGCCUGGAGACACAACAUCAUGGACUUUGCAAUGCCUUACUUCAUCCAGGUCAUGAGAGAGUAUCUUAGCAAGGUGGAUAAACUGCAUGCUGCAGAAAGCUUGAGAAAAGAAGAGGAGCAAGUGACAGAGCCAACCCCUAUAGUAUUUGGUCAGCAGCUGAUGCUCACAGCUGGUCCUAGUGGAGUGGUACCACCUCAGCCGAACUUUCCCUAUGGAUACACAGCUCCCCACACCUUCACCCAGCACCCCCCUCCUUCUGUCUCUCCUGGCUAUGCCUUUAACAUGUAACCUCCUGUCAUCCAGAUUAUACCUGAAGGGGAUACAUUGGUCCCCAUAUUCUGGGAGCUGACUGCAGUUUAUCUUGGACAUGUUUAUUUAUUACAUUUGCUCUUACAGACGUUGAUGCGGGAAAGGCAGCUUUUCAGCCAGUCACUACCAUUACUCGUUAAAUUUCUUUUUUUGUUUGUGUUUUUUUGUUUUAAUUAUUUUUUAUUUAUGUUUUUUUAUUUUGUUUUUUUUUUUAUGGAUGGGAAUGGCCGAUAGCUGUCAGCACUGAUUUCAUGGCUAUCACACAUGCUAAUGGCGCAAAUGUUCUGUACAGUACUGUAAACUGCUGGACAUGAUUCACGGCAGCUCCAUAUCUGUGCACAAGCCCUUAUCAACCGCUGCCAUGUUAAGUAGCUAAUGGUGGACAACCACACCAAGUUUAAAUUUCUUCUCCUUCUCUGAUCUUAGUCACUGUCUCUGCCAAAGCCCAAAUUAGCAGCCUGAUACUGUUCUGCCUAAUACCUCUCUGAUAUUGGAGCAAAGAGUUAUUUUAUUAUCAUUAUUAUUGUAAAGACUGUAUGCGGGGAGAUUAGACUUUGUAAUCUGCUACCAUUUAGUGAUUAGUGAUCAUAUUCAAAUAUGUUUGAAAAAGACUUGGUACAGUUAGUAAUGAAUGUGGUCGGUACUUGUUUAUGUGUCACAUUUAUUUUCAGACUGCUACAGUAUACAAAUGAAAUGCCAAGUACAAUAAAUGUAUUUAAUCAUA